UGUUAGUGUUAGGUUUGCCAUUACUUAGUCACUACAUAUCUGAUUUAAAAUGAAGAUUGUACUAGUGAUAUUAUGCAUCACACUGCUGAAGAAUGCAGCAUCUCAAAGGAAGGACAUAGAAGAUGACAUGAAAGAUGAGAAGUACACUGCUUACGAGGAUUGGUCUGAAUGUACAGCAUCGUGUGGGGGUGGAAUCAGUUUCAGAGUAAAAGAAUGCGUUGGGUUGACUGGGGAGAAGGAUUGUGAGAAAUCCGAAAGCAAAGCAUGCAAUACGCAUUCCUGCGACGAUGACAAUACCGCAGGAACGUACUCAGAAUGGUCGGAAUGUACUGCUUCAUGUGGCGGAGGCAUCAAAUUCAGAACAAGAAAUUGUAGGCAACAAACAAAAAAAUCGACAUGCGAGGAAAGUGAGAGCGUGUCUUGCAACGAGGAAAAAUGUCCGGAAUUGACCAAAAAGAAAAUGAAAGAAUAUGUCGACUAUUCGGAAUGGUCAGAAUGUACAGUCACCUGUGGUGGAGGAUUCAGUUUUCGAGUUCGUGAAUGCACAGAGCUGAAUGGGGAUCCAGGCUGCGAAAAGUCAGAGAGAAAACCUUGUAAUGAAAUUCCAUGUGAUGGAGUUGUAGCUGAAGAACUAAACUUAGGAGGUGAAAUGGAAGAUCGCAAAGAGUCAUUGAAAGAUGUCAAAAAAAUUAACCAAGCAGGCAAAAUGAAAGAAUACGUGAAUUAUUCAGAAUGGUCAGAAUGUACUGUUAGCUGCGGAGGAGGGUUCAGUUUCAGAGUUCUUGAAUGUAUAGGGUUGACUGGUGACGUUGAUUGCGAAAAGUCAGAAAGAAAACCUUGUAAUGAACAACUUUGCCCCGAAGAAACGAAUGUCGAAAAUGAAGACGUGAUCAACACAAUUGCAAAAGAAAAUACCAAACCUGGAAAGAAGUCGUCAGGCCAUGCACGAAGUUUAAGUAUUGAUACAUUGCACGUUCCUGAAGAAGUAAUCUCGAAAGAAUUAACUAUUCCUAAGGAAGAAAACGAAAAGAAAUACGUUGACUAUUCCGAGUGGUCAGAAUGCACGGUUACUUGCGGAGGAGGUUUAAGUUUCAGAACUCGAGAAUGUAGCGAUUUAUCGGGAGAUGAAGAUUGUGAAAAGUCAGAAAGUAAACCAUGCAACGAAGAGCUAUGCGAAACUCAUAUUGGUCCAAAAUUUCUUAUAUUCACCACUAUGCCUCCAACCUCCAAUAACAACACUGACUCAGUCAAAGAGCUCGGCGCACCGGAACAAAUUCAACUACUUGACAUCGUUGAAGGAGAAGUAGGAGGACGUGAAAUACCAAUUUUAACAAGACCUUCUACAAGCACUUCAACACUGAGAUUAACAACGAAAUCGACUACUGCAAGAACAAUACCAAUUAGUGAACCAGCACAGACAACUGAAACCACUAAAGCAAUGGUGACGACACGCAGGCCAAAAGUUACGACUGGGUGCAGAGAAGUUAUACAAGCUGGAAAGAGAGCAAUGCAGUUUGUUCCACAAAAUCUUCGAAGAAAAAACAAAUUUAAUUGUGAAUGGAUAUUCAAGGCUCCUCGGGGUAAACAAGUGAUGGCUGAAAUACGUUAUUCAAACAUUGAAAAUUGCUGCGAUGAAUUUAAGGUAUACGACGGAGCAAAAAAUUUGAAAAUGGUAACGGGAAAGAGUUCGUUCAACAAUAGAUAUCGAACGAAAUCUGGUCGAUUACGACUGACCUUUAAAACACCGGGGGCGACUGGAUUCCGUAACUUUAGAGUUUUCUACGUUCAAUACCCAGUUUCCGAUAGUCCUAACCCAACACCACGGCCUACGACAACACAACUUUCUACAACGACGUCAGAAAUUACUACUAGGGCAGUAACAGCUAACUUAUGUCAUUCAACCGUCUUUGGUGGAGAGGAAAUCAAAACUAUCGAUAGCAAUGACCUGGACAGGUACAACGAUCAAGAAUGCGUAUGGAAAAUAAAAUCGGGGAAUGGCGGGAGAGUGAAAAGUCGAAUUAUCUAUUAUAGUACAUCACCUUGCUGCUCAUUUAUGGAGGUUUACGACGGAGAAAAGUUGUUAAAACGAUACAGUGGUAACAUGUACAAUCGUGGUGAAGAUUUUGAGUCAAGUACCGGCACUUUAAGCAUUAUCUACAAACAUGCUCCCAACGAGGGGAAAUCUAGAGUGAGGGUCUUCUAUCGUACGUUUGCAGGAAACGUGAUGAGUUCAUCUUCUGGGGAAAAUCAGGGACGCCAAACUUCAGAUCAUACAGAACAAGCAAGCAAACAUACUUCACCGACAUCAAGGCCAGAGAAAGCAGGUUCUAUUGAAUGUGGUGGUUUAUAUCGCGCAAAGAAAGAAGUGAAAAUGAUAGUUGGACCACAUUUUCAAGAAGGGAAAGCCUACGAUUGUGAAUGGAAAAUUCGUGCACCACAAGGAAGCACCAUAAAAACCAUGAUUUAUUUUUAUAACACCGUUGAUAAUGGAGACUCUCUACAAGUACUUGAUAAUAGAAGGAUGCUUGCAAAAAUCAGUGGUAAAAUAUACCGAGAAAACGAAUAUGUAACAGCUACAAAUAUUCUGAAACUAAGAUACGUAAGUCAAGGAGGAAAUGGUGCCAGGAGAUUUAGAGCUGUGUUUAAGCUGAAUGAAGAGCGAAAUAUUCCUGUAGUAACAACACGGCCAUCUAUCCACCAGAGGAGAAUAAAAUCACCCGAAUGCGGAAAUGUUUUGGUUGCAACCAACUACGUUAGACAAAUGAAGUCUCCUCAUUUUAUGGCUGGACAAUCGUAUGAUUGUGAGUGGAAAAUAGUGGCGCCAGUCGGUCGUCGUCUCCAAGUUCAGUUAGAAUAUUGUAAUGACGUCCAAUGCUGUGAUACAAUGAAGGUGAAAGAAGGAAAUGUAUUAAUUGAUGAAAUAACGAAGGAUACAUUUUCGCACACAAAAUACUUUACAAAAUCAGAUAGUUUGACUUUGCAUUUUACAAGUGAAGGGGGUGAUGGAUUGAGACAUUUCACAAUAUUUUACAAAGUUGAACCAGAAGAAAUGAAAUUAUCUUUUCCAUCGAGGGAACAUCAGAUCAAUCGAAUUCAAAACCGUCGCCAACGUCGUCAACGACAACCUCAUAUCCAUAGACAUAAUGGUUGGUGAUAAGCAAACAUGAGGAAAAUUUUUGCAGGAUUUUUUCCAUGAUGGUUAUUUUUUUAAAUUUUUAAUAAACAUUUGGGAUUAGAAAUUGAUGUAUUACUAAUUCACUACGAACUACUAUUUUUUAUUAUACCUCCGAAUAACCUCGUUUCGUUUAAAAUAGUUUACCAAAUGGAAAUAAAAAUGCGUGGAAUUUA